AUGCGGGCGGUCUAUCCCGUGGCGACCAAAGACAUUUUCCGUGUUGGGCUUAUACUGGGAACGGUCUCGAGUCUAGGCGCGGUGCUGUGCGCCUGGCAAGGUAUAAAGACGAAGCGCGAUGAUGGAAACGAUGAACGUAGCAGUGAUCAUGAGCUCGAACUUGUCGCGGAAGUUCGAAGAGAGGAUAAAUAA